CGAGCUGUACGCUUCCAUUAAUGUACUUACACCCCGUGUGAGACAGAGCUGACACGGGCGGCUACCUGCCUCCCAUUGCCGCCUGUCAUGUGGCGAUGAUGUGCUGUACACGACCUCAGUGCGUACUCAUUCUUCAUCGGCAACGGCUAGGGAGGAGACCGCUCAGGGAGCGCUAAGAACCGGGCUACUUUCCCCAUCACAUCGGCACGUAUCAUCCGUCAACUUCGUAUAUAAGCACUUGUAAAAACAGCCUUGGGAAAGUAGCUGGCGUCCUUGUCGACAUUGUAGCUGGGCGUGCCUACGUUUGAUCGCAAUAGGAAAGAUAUUUGGCGGGGAUAACAUUUGUGUUGACAUCAAUUCAAGGCGUACCUGAACCUCCCGGGCACUGACGUGUUGGGGAAGGGCGGCGGUGGUGGCGCUAACAACCGGCGGGGACAAGGUGAAGGAGGCCCGGCAGUAGAACGAUGAGGAUCCGGCACGUCACGCUACUGGUGGCCGCAGUCUUCCUGGGCGGCAUCAGUGUCACCUAUGUCCUACUGGAGCUGGAGUUAUCAAGAACACCACUUCAACAUCUUCAAAUGGAAGCAUCCCCCAUCCAUCAACGUCCGCUUCUCUGCUCGUCCAAUAAACGCUCAAUUCGCCCUGUCAAUCAAACCAAGCACGCGGUACUUGUGGGCGGAGCCAGUUUCAUGGGGUAUCACCUCACUCUACAGCUGCUGGAGUCCAGGAACUACGUCACUAUUGUGGACGACGCGGACUCAACUUUAGACCACUCCCUGAAAAGGGAACGUCUAAGACGCCUUGAAGAUUUAUCAGAUCACAAGUUAAGAAUCAUAAGAAAUAAUGCCUGCAGUCACAAAUCCUUAGAAGAGUUGUUCAAGACUGCAACAUUUUCAAUAACCCAUGUGGUCUUCUUUUCUCCACUGGAUUGUCACAAUGACAUAUCUACACCCAAACCUUCCAGUCAUGUACACGCGGCCUUAGUGUGCUUCACAAUGCUGCUGGGGCUUCUGAAGGACUCUCCAAGCGUGAACCUUCUUGUUAUCUGGAGCAAGAACUAUCCCUUUCAUCACAUUUUCAAUGAACCACGUACGAAGCUGUCUAUGAGCUGGCUAUCACUUGACUCGGUUCUGGUGGAAGGUUUGAAAGCAGCCGCUAUCGUGUACCACAACAUCUAUGGACACAGCAUCACUGGGCUGGAGCUAUCAGAAGUUUACGGGCCUUACGGUGACGGGUCUUGCUCAGUCAUACACAGAACGGUUGUUGAAAGAUUACAUCACCGUCUAAAAUGUCGUCCGAUGGUCGUUGCUAGGCAACACAGAGCGGGAAACCCGUCAGAAGUGCGUGACUUCUUGCACGUUACCGAUGCUGCUAGGGGCAUGGCUCAAGUCUUAGACCUGGACGAUUCCUGCGCCUUCUAUAGUGCCGAAGGAGGACUGAAGGCAAGCUCUUGGGAAAUGCGAGUUUACGUUACAGCUUUCCUGGACAGCUGGAAUAUAGACUCAAACUUGCCAUUUUCAGAUGCCAAACCAAACGACGUCUGGCCUAUACCGGGUUCGGGUGAUGUCGCUCCCCAAAACGUGCCAUAUGACAAUAUCCCAGGAUUUCAAUCAGAAAUACAGCUAGAUCAAGGCAUACAGUCAUAUCUUCAUUGGUUCGAAAGUCAUUCAAACGGAAAAUGCAGUCAGCGAUCAACGGACGUCAUUCUAGCGACGUAUUUCGUCGGCAGACAACGCCAACAGCACAGAAAUAGUCGUCAAAAGAAGCCCGGCAGAUUUGAGUACAUGAAGAAUUGGUACUGGAGCGUUAUUGACAGAAGAAUAAGCGCUGUAGUCUUCCAUGACAGCCUGGAAUCGGAAUUUGUAAAUCGUGUUGAAAAUGGGUUUGUCUCUUUUCAAAGAACGGAAGCUCACUUCAGAUGGAACGCAACUGCAAAGUAUUACGUGUACUUGAGAUAUCUGAAAGAAAACUCUCGCAUCUCUCGCGUGAUAUUAACAGAUAUUUCUGACGUAAGGUUUCAGAAGAACCCGUUUGAGUUGAUGGACUUGAUGGGUGAUCAACUGUAUGUUGGCACUGAUGUGGACACGUUUCCGAAUAUAGCGGCCAUGGGAUGGCUACGGAAACGGUUAAGCAGCUGCUUUAACGACGGCUUUAGGCACGGAUCUGAUAUACCUACCAUCAAGAGCCGCUAUAAUGUUUAUAAUGCCGGCGUUAUAGGCGGCUCGCGGGAGCUAAUGCUGCAAUUUCUGGAAAAGCUGGUCGCCAUUUUGGAUCAGACGACGUCUGGGGUAAAUUGCAACUUAGCUGCGGUGAACUAUGUUCUACAUGGGCACUUUGAUGGCAACAUCUACCCUGGGUUUCCGUGGACUAGUAGGUUUCUCAGGAAGCAGAAAUCUCCUAAAGGCGUUUAUAUCAUCCAUAAAUGAGAAAAAUCUUCCGAAAAUAAUUUCAUCAGGUUGGUGGAAUAUAGGAUAUAUGAGAAUUCUUG